AUGUCCGCAAACGCCAGACCUAUUGGUAACUCUAAUACGGAUAGGAUAGAGCCACACGCAUCUAAGAAUCUUUCGACUCAGACCGAAAUCCCAGUGCCUUCUUCACCGUCAGAGAAGCAUACCACUGCCGCCCAUGGAACACCAUCCAGCGUUAUCCCGUAUGACAGAUCGCUAUCGAAUGAUGCCGAAAAACAAGUACAGUCGUAUGUACAGCCUGGCUACUACCAACCAUCCGAUAGACAAACAAACUUUGAAAAUAGUCUCAACAGACAGUCAUCUGAAGACCAUCCAUCGGACCACUCCACGCAUAGAACCCCUAUGAGCCGUGUGACUACUGACGCCGAUGGAAAUACCUACCCUGAGGGUGGAUUGGAGGCUUGGUUGGUAGUCUUUGGGAGCUGGAUGGGCCUUUUCGGCUCCCUUGGCUUGGUCAACACCAUUGGUACUUUUCAGGCGUAUCUUGAAGACCAUCAACUGAAAGAAUAUAGCCCCGGAAAAAUUGGUUGGAUUUUUGGCAUGUAUGCUUUUCUAACUUUCUUUUGUGGUGUCCAAAUUGGCCCGAUAUUUGAUGCCAAAGGCCCCCGGUUUCUUGUCUUUGCGGGAUCGGUCUUGAUCAUGGUGAUGAUGAUUGCUUUGGGGUUUUGCACUCAGUACUGGCAUUUUAUGCUCGUAAUUGGCAUCGCCGGUGGCAUUGGAGCAUCCCUGAUCUUUACCCCGGCAAUAUCAGCUAUUGGCCACUAUUUUAACGAGAAGCGCGGUGUUGCGACAGGCCUGGCUGCAACUGGAGGCUCUGUUGGGGGAGUUACAUUCCCACUCAUUCUCGAACGGUUAUUUCCCGUUAUUGGCUGGGCGUGGGCGACUCGAGUAGUUGCGCUGAUCUGCCUAGUAUUGGUAGUAGUUGCUUGCCUUCUGAUCAAGUCUCGUCUGCCCAAGAAACCCACUUCCAGGGAGAAUGUCCUCCCCGACUUUCUGAUCUUCCGGGAGCCCAAGUUCGCUCUCACAACCGCAGGAAUUUUUUUUGUGGAAUGGGGCCUUUUCGUCCCAAUCACAUAUAUCUCUUCUUAUGCCUUGGCUCAUGGAGUGUCUAAUGGACUAUCGUAUCAAAUGGUGGCCAUUCUCAAUGCGGGAUCUUUCUUCGGAAGAUGGAUUCCAGGCUUUGUCGCUGACUACCUUGGGCGUUUUAAUACCCUUAUCGGUACAGUGGCUCUGUGCCUCGUUUGCAACGCAUGUCUGUGGCUUCCUGCUGGUGACAGCGUUCCAGUGAUGAUAGUAUACUGUGUUUUAUUUGGCUUCUCCAGCGGCAGCAAUAUCAGCCUCACACCGGUUUGUAUAUCGCAACUGUGCAAGAUCGAAAAUUACGGGAGAUACUACGCUACAGCGUACACGAUCGUAAGCUUUGGUACGCUUACUGGCAUUCCGAUUGCAGGCGAGAUACUUUCUCGCUGUAAUGGAGAGUACUGGGGACUUAUUGUCUUCACUACUUGCUGCUACACUCUUGGUCUUGCCUGUGUUACCGCAGUGAAGAUUAUCCACGUUGUGGCACCACUGGAGGCGCUGGUCAAGGUGCCGGUGGAGGCACUGGCCAAGGUGGCCAGCGAUGUCCGUCUUGCCCAUCUUGCCCAUCCGGUGGCGGUCCAGGAUGCCAAGGUGGUAGUGGUCCCGGAGGUGCUGGCGGAGGUGCUGGUCAAGGAGCUGGUGGAGGUGCUGGUGCCGGUGGAGGCGCUGGUCAAGGUGCCGGCGGAGGUGCUGGUCAGGGCGCUGGCGGAGGUGCCGGUCAAGGAGCUGGUGGAGGCGCUGGUGCUGGCGGCGGUGCUGGCCAAGGAGGUGCCGGUCAGGGUGUCCAUCCAUGUCCGUCUUGCCCAUCUUGCCAAUCAGGUAGCGUUCCAGGAUGCCAAGGUGGUGCUGGUCCAGGAGGAGCAGGGGGGGCAGGAGGAGCAGGGGGGGCAGGAGGAGCGGGAGGAGCGGGAGGAGCGGGAGGAGCAGGAGGAGCAGGAGGAGCAGGAGGAGCAGGAGGAGCAGGAGGAGCAGGAGGAGCAGGAGGCGCAGGAGGCGGACAACCAUGUCCUCCGUGUCCAACACCCUGCCCAAGCGGAGCCCCAGGGGCUGGUGGUCAACCUGGCGGAGCCGGAGCCGGAGCCGGCGCUGGCGGCGGUGGUAUUCCAGGAUCCUCGUCGCGCACAUUUUCAACCGUCUCUAUCCACGUCCCGACCGCAUCUUCAUCGAGGAUGCCUAGCAGCACCCCCACUGGAGGAGGCAGGGGCAGCAGCAUCGGUCCGCGUCCAACCAGUACACCUGCCCGCUCUCCAAGCAGCGGCAGUCCAGUCCAAUCUACUACACCCACCCUAG